AUGCAUGUAAGCAUUAUGAAAGCUCGUGAAGUAUUUCAAGUUUAUCAAAGACUUUUGAAUCGUAGACCCUAUUUAGUGCAAGCUAUUCAAACUGGAACUUUAAUGGGGGCUGGAGAUCUUAUAUCACAGACAUUAAUAGAAAAGAAAUCCUUGAAAGAAGCGGACUAUAGUAGAACUUUAAAGUUUUCGUCUAUAGGCUUUUGUUUCGGCGGUCCUGCUUUAAGAGUUUGGUAUGGGUUACUAAACCGUCAUGUGGGGUCUAGUGGAAAAACAGUAGCUCUAAAAAAAGUAUUUAUAGACCAAGCUGUCUUUGCCCCAACAUUUCUCAUAUUCUUACUGAUGUCAGUUGGCACUUUGCAAGGCAAAACAUGGGACUCUAUCAAGGAUGACAUAAGUUCUAAUUAUCUUGAUAUACUUAAAACUAAUUAUUAUAGAACUAUGGACGCCCUAGAAUUAGUUUCAUCUAAUAAGAUUUUUGGAGGUUUCCAAAAUGUGUACUCACACGAAUCUUCUGAACUGAAAUGUAAAAUGAAUUUUUCUGUCUACCUCCCCCCACAAGCAGAGAGAGGAGACAUUAAGCUUCCAGUUGUUUUCUAUUUAUCUGGCUUAACCUGUUCUGAGCAAAAUUUUAUUACUAAAUCUGGCUUUCAAAGAUAUGCUGCUGAGCAUGGCAUUAUUGUUGUGGGCCCUGAUACUUCACCAAGAGGUAUUAAAAUACCUGGAGACGACAAAGGGGACUUUGGUGUUGCAGCUGGAUUUUAUUUGGAUGCAACUAAAGAUCCCUGGUCCAACAAUUACAGAAUGGGUAGUUAUGUUAACAAAGAACUAUAUGACUUGAUCUUAAAUGCAUUUGAGAAUGUAGCUGAUGCUAAUAAGAUUGGAAUUAUGGGCCACAGCAUGGGAGGUCAUGGUGCCUUAAUAUCUACCUUAAGAAACCCAGGACAAUACAAGUCUGUUAGUGCAUUUGCACCCAUAUGCAACCCGAGUGCCUGUCCAUGGGGUGAAAAUGCUUUCUCUGGGUACUUGGGAGAAGAUAAAAGCAAAUGGGCAGAAUGGGAUGCCACAGAGCUUGUUAAAAAGUAUGAUGGUCCUCCAUUAACUCUUCUUCUUGAUCAGGGUGCUGCUGAUAAUUUCUACAUUAAAAAGCAACUUCUACCAGAGAAUCUAGUGGAAGCUUGCCGUUCUGUUGGUGUGCCAGUAAUUUUAAACUUGCGUGAAGGCUAUGAUCAUUCUUAUUACUUCAUUUCAACAUUCAUUGGGGAGCAUCUUGGAUUCCAUGCAAAAAUACUAAAAGCAUAA